CGAGUUCUCGCUUCUGGGUUCCUUUCCGGCUUAUCCGGAGACACCUAUGAUUCUUGGGGCUUCGCCCUCGCCGUCUUUAAGUGCACAGCGCGCAUGCGCUAGCUUCCUCUUUUCCGGCCGGAACCAUGGAGGGCGUAGAAGAGAAGAAGGUUCCUGCCAAGAAGGCAGAAGUCCGAGAGAAGAAGAAGAAGAAGAAGAUGGUUCCUGGUGUGCCAGAAACCCUGAAGAAAAAGCGAAGGAGUUUCGCCGAGUUGAAAAUCAAGCGUAUGAGAAAGAAGUUUGCCCAGAAGAUGCUUCGCAAGGCAAGGAGGAAGCUUAUCUACGAAAAAGCCAAGUACUACCACAAGGAAUACAGUCAGAUGUACAGGACCGAGAUUCGCAUGGCUCGGAUGGCAAGGAAAGCCGGCAACUUCUACGUCCCCGCAGAGCCCAAGCUGGCCUUCGUUAUCAGGAUCAGAGGUAUCAAUGGUGUGAGCCCAAAGGUCCGGAAGGUGUUGCAGCUUCUUCGCCUUCGACAGAUCUUUAAUGGCACCUUUGUUAAGCUCAAUAAGGCUUCAAUUAACAUGUUGAGAAUUGUGGAGCCCUAUAUUGCUUGGGGGUACCCAAAUCUGAAGUCAGUAAACGAACUGAUCUACAAGCGAGGUUAUGGCAAAAUCCACAAGAAACGGAUUGCUCUGACAGAUAACUCCUUGAUUGCUCGAUCCCUUGGUAAAUAUGGCAUCAUCUGCAUGGAGGAUCUGAUCCAUGAGAUCUACACUGUUGGAAAACGCUUUAAAGAGGCAAACAACUUCCUCUGGCCAUUCAAAUUAUCCUCUCCACGGGGUGGUAUGAAGAAAAAGACCACACACUUCGUAGAAGGUGGAGAUGCUGGUAACAGGGAAGACCAGAUCAACAGGCUUAUUAGAAGAAUGAACUAAGGUGUCUGCUGUGAUUAUUUUAUUAAUCUGGUCAGUUAAUAAACCAUGCCUACUUUCAAACUG